CUGGGCUCUUUGUGGGGCCGGGAGCUGGGUGGAGAGCGGGGAGCUCUGUCUGUUCUGUCCUUCGCAGCUGGCCGUGGGGCUGUCUCGGGAAGGCGGACCCGCGGACGCCCAGUGCCCGCCCUCGGCCGCCUGCCUCUCCGCCCGCCGCGCGCCUCUCUGCGCCCGGGUCCUCCUGGCUCGGGACGCGGUGACCGUUUUUAAAUCACAAGGGCGUGGGUCAGCCUCCCCUAGGACUUCAUGUCUGUAUAUUUCCCCAUUCACUGCCCUGACUAUCUGAGCUCGGCGGACAUGACUGAGGUGAUGAUGAACACGCCAUCCAUGGAGGAGAUCGGGCUCAGCCCCCGGAAGGAUGGCCUCUCCUAUCAGAUCUUCCCUGACCCGUCCGACUUUGACCGCUGCUGCAAACUGAAGGACCGCCUGCCCUCCAUCGUGGUGGAGCCCACGGAGGGGGAGGUGGAGAGCGGGGAGCUCCGGUGGCCCCCCGAGGAGUUCUUGGUCCAGGAGGACGAGCAAGACAACUGUGAAGAGACAGCGAAGGAAAACAAGGAGCAGUAGAGUCACCGCGGACGCCCCGGGGUUGUGCCAGACAGCAUCUGUAUCCGAACUGUGCUUUUUCCCAUCGUCAUGGAAGAAGGGAGCGAGCCACAGACGUUCUGAAAAUGGCAAAUGAUGGCUUCCGUUUUGCACCUGCAAAUCACCGAGUUGGUUUUCUUUCCUUUUCUUUUCUCUUUUUGAAAUUUGUCGAGUGGUAGAGCCCUCUGUGACAAUCUGCAAGGCCUCCUGGGAAGGGAAGCUGCUUAGAGCAGGGGUGGGGGCGCGGCGAGGCCCAGGCUGGUUUUGAGAUCACUGUCUGAGCUCGGGCGGGCUCAGGCGCUGGUGGGAUUCCGGCAGGCUCUGGGGGGAGCGGGGUGGGGGAGCAGAUAGGGGGAUGUGCAAAGCAAGCAAGGAACACUUGGGGUUAGAAAACAAACUCAAGAAGAAAGAGAAAAUACAUGUUUUAAGAAAACAUCGAGCAGAGAACUGCAGCCAGGAAGUACGCAGUGAGCAUUUGCUCUCGCUGCUGGGCUGUCAGAAAACAAGUCUUCAUCUCUCUCCAGUUUCACCCACCCCCUACCCUUUGCUUUUACUUCAGGUGUGUGGGUCUAUUGGGAGGAGGGGACAGGUGAGCCGUAGAAACUGGCCACCUGCAGAGCCAGCUGCAGGUGAUGUGAGGGAGAGGAAAGGUGUAGCGUGUUCCUUCACUGCUUCUCUGCUCCCAGCCAGGUAGGGCUCACCUGCCCCAGGUAAUCCCCGAUGCAUCCCUUUUUGCUUCCCGGCCCUCUUGGUGGUGGCGAGAGCAGUUCCUGCCCUUGCUGGCGGCCCUGAGGCAGACACCUGGGUAUAGAAGUCCCCCCUGCCACUGUCCCCACCCCAGACUUCUGUGCUCAGAGUCUGAGCAAGGGCACCCAGCAGGCCAGCUCUCCCAGGUGUGCCUUUCCUUCUCCUUACACCUCCCUUCCCGGCCCCGGCCAAGUAGCCGGGCAGACCACUGGCAGCACCCACCCCGAUGGGGCUCUUGCUCUGCUUUGCUGGUGGGAGCUAGAGUAGUGUGCAGAGGAGCAUUCUCUGUUUCCCGUUGAGGAGGUGAGGUCUGAUGCCAGACCCAAGAGCUGGUGAAGCUUGGGAACUGUCAGAUCGGGGGGAUGAGGCUUUUUGUGCAGCAGCCUUGGCAUCAGGUUUGAAGCUAACGUGUGUCAUAUGAUCCCUGACUUUUUUGGAUGCUGGUGGGAGGAGGGCUUGGUGAGGGAGCACUCUGGUGCCCUCCCCGAAUUGUGUUCCUCGUCCCUCACCAGCUCCUGCCUGUCCCCUGAAGGGCACUAGCUGCAUGAGAAGAGCCUUUGGAGUCAGAGCUUCCUAAAACAGUUAAGCACCACGGUGGGAGCUGUGGGGCUGACAGAGCAGGACUGCAUGGCUGAGGUGGACCCCAGAGCCUUCCUCGGCUGCACCCAGCCAGCCAGGGCACUCGCUGUGGCCCCACAGCUCUUCACCAGUCCAGGUCCACCCUGGGUUGGGACUCAGGGGUCUAGUUGCAUUUACUACAAGGCAAGUGUAGCUCUGGGUAAUGGUGGAGUAGGGAAGACGAGGGAGUGCUUUUGAUAUGUCAGCAGGAUUUGGCGCUGGGAAGCCUACUCAUUCCCUCUUCCCUCCCAGCUUCCUCCUUUUGUGUUGUCUGCUCGUGUCACACACACCGAUGGCAAUAAGUUCUUUCAGCUCCUUGCUGCAGAAGAGAGGCCUGCAGCUUGCCCCG